CAUCGCAGCCUUUCAUAGCAUGCCAGGAUACAGGUCCCUUGCGCUAGAGGUGCCCUCUGUGUCCGCCCAUUGACGAUUUUCCGGAGUCUCUCUGGCGACUUCAGGCUGCUCCGGUGCAGCGCAAACGAAUCAGCAUGCCGGGACGACGCGCAGCAUCCCGGGCUUUUUCAGAGAACGAGGUCGAUAUUGCCGGGUCCUUGUUUGCCAACGAAACCGGCAGCGAGAGCGAUGGCGAGGCCAACAAGAAGCCCGCGGACCUUGAUUUUGGCGAUCUUCUGAACGCCGGCGGUGAUGGUGAUUCCGACGACGCCGAUGGCGACGAGGCUUUCAUUGCCAUGCAGCAGCGGAGGUCGAACCGGAAAACCUCCAACCUGCACGGCAAAUCGGUCAAAAAGGGCGGCGGCUUCCAAGCCAUGGGUUUAAAUUCAAACCUCCUAAGAGCCAUCACUCGGAAGGGCUUCUCUGUCCCCACGCCCAUCCAGCGCAAGGCAAUUCCCCUGAUUCUCGAGAAACGCGAUGUCGUGGGCAUGGCCCGCACAGGUUCCGGCAAGACGGCCGCUUUCGUCAUCCCCAUGAUCGAGCGCUUGAAAGCACACAGCGCACGGGUUGGGGCUAGGGCUCUUAUCCUGUCACCCUCGCGCGAGUUGGCCCUGCAGACAUUGAAGGUUGUGAAGGAGCUCGGCAAAGGGACAGAUCUCAGGACGGUCCUGCUAGUCGGUGGCGACAGCCUGGAAGAACAGUUCGGAUUGAUGGCCGCCAACCCUGAUAUCGUUAUCGCUACUCCCGGUCGGUUCCUACAUCUGAAGGUAGAGAUGUCCCUGGACCUCUCGUCGGUCCGAUAUGUCGUCUUUGACGAGGCAGAUCGCCUGUUCGAAAUGGGCUUCGCUGCCCAGCUUACCGAGAUUCUGCAUGCGCUGCCGCCAUCGAGGCAGACCCUCCUCUUCUCGGCGACCCUGCCCUCCUCUUUGGUCGAGUUUGCCAGAGCUGGUCUGCAAGAGCCUAGUCUUGUGAGGUUGGAUGCUGAGACCAAGGUGUCUCCUGACCUUGAGAGCGCUUUCUUCUCAGUCAAGGGCGCCGAGAAGGAGGGCGCCCUCCUCCACAUCCUUCAUGACAUCAUUAAGAUGCCCUUGGGACCGCCAGCAGGCGUCGAGCAGGACGAUGAACAGCAGUCAAGGAAGCGAAAGCGCGGGUCUGACAAACCAAAUCGGAAAGAGAAGCCAACAGAACAUUCGACUAUCAUCUUCACCGCCACCAAGCAUCACGUCGAGUACAUCGCAAAAUUGCUGCGCCAUGCCGGCUUCUCCGUGUCGUAUGUCUACGGCUCACUCGACCAGACAGCCCGGAAAAUUCAGGUCGACAAUUUCCGAAGGGGCAGGUCCAAUAUCCUGGUCGUCACGGAUGUUGCUGCUCGCGGUAUCGAUAUCCCGGUUCUCGCCAACGUCAUCAACUAUGACUUUCCCUCUCAGCCCAAGAUCUUCGUUCACCGCGUUGGCCGAACCGCGCGUGCUGGCCAGCGCGGUUGGGCAUAUGCUCUCGUCAAAGAAUCAGACCUCCCCUAUCUCCUAGAUCUCCACCUCUUCUUGGGCAGGAGGCUAGUCCUUGGUCAGGAGGUAACUGAACCAUCCUUUGCCAGAGAUGUGGUGGUCGGGUCCUUGAUGAGAGCGGAGCUCGAGAACAACACGGAGUGGGUCAACAAGGUGCUCAGUGAGAACAGCGAUAUCAGUGCCCUCAAGGGAGUCACCAUCAAGGCCGAAAAGCUGUACAUGAAGACCAGAAAUUCGGCAUCCAGCCAGAGCGCCAAGCGUGCCCGCGAAGUAAUCGCAUCCAAAGGCUGGACCCAGCUGCAUGCUCUGUUCGGGGAAUCUGCUGCAGACGCCGCAGAAGCUCGGGAUAGCCUGCUCUCCAAGAUUAGUGGUUUCAAGCCUCAAGAAACCGUUUUCGAGAUUGGGCCCCAGGGCAAAUCUUCAAAGAACAAGGCUGCCGAGGUGAUGCGCAACUUCAGGGCAAAGGUUGGCCCCCGGAGAAACGCGAAGAAAGAGGAGGAUACCGAGAUGGCGGAUGCUGAUGCCGACUCGCCUACCCAAGAAGACGGAGGAGGCAGCUUUAAGAAGUUUGGAGAAGAACAAGCUGGUGAACAAGGAGAGGGCGCAUGGGAGGACGAGGAGUCGGACUCGGAACUGGAGGUCACGAUAUCAAACAGCAGCAAGUCCAAGAAGGGCCAGACCUCUUUCGAAGAUCCUGAAAUAUUUAUGUCCUACACUCCCCGCACAACCAGCGUAGCCGAGGAACGCGCAUACGGCAUCCAUUCGGGCGGCACCUCGCACUUUGUUGAAGCAGCUCGUGAUGCCGCCAUGGACCUGAAUAACGACGAGGGAGCCAAAGCCUUUGGUCUGCCGACUCGCUCCAAGAUGCGCUGGGACAAGCGCCACAGUAAGUACGUCUCGCGCGCCAACGAUGACGAUGGCUCGCGCGGCGCCAAAAUGAUUCGCGGCGAAAGCGGCGUCAAGAUCGCCGCGUCGUUCCAGAGCGGCCGCUUCGACAAGUGGCGCCGCGCGAACCGGCUCGGCCGGCUGCCCGGGGUGGGCGAGGCCGAAAAGUCCAAUCUUGUGCGCAACUUCAGCGCGCCGGGAGGCGUGCGGUACAAGCACAAGCUGGAAAAGGCGCCCAAGGACGCCGACAAGUUCCGCGACGACUAUCACGAGCGCAAGAAGCGCGUGGCCGAGGCCAAGGAGAAACGCGUUGGCAGGUACAAGGACGGCGAGGGCAGUCGGAGGGAGCUCAAGAGCGCCACAGACAUCCGCAAGGCGCGGCAGCUCAAGGAGAGAAAAAAGGAGAAGAAUGCGAGGCCGAGCAAGAAGGCGAAGAGGUAAAUCGCAGAGGGGUGAAUGUGCCAACAGCAGAGGGCGUACCUGUUCCAGUUUACAUAACUCUAUGCGUAGUAUCGGAAUAUUGCUUCACUCCUGCUGUUGUAACUGAAAUCUUCCUUCAAGG